AUGAAAUUCAUUGCAAAAAUGAAGUCAAUUAUAAAGCUUCUUGCACUUAUUUUAAUUGUAAUUAAACAAAGUCAAAGUACUGUAUUAUGUCCAUCAAAACUUCGCUGUAUGGAUGAAACUCGAUUAAAUUGUAAUAAUUCAUUAUCAGCUCCAACAGAUUUUCAUUGUUGUGAUGGUCUUGAUUGUGUUGCUGCCAUAAUUCCAGCUACUGAUACUCAAGAUCAAUUGAAUACAACAAUAUGCGUUACUUCUUCAUCAAAACAACAUCAAACUGCAAACAACAAGACUACAUCGCCUAAAACACCUCCUAUUAUGGCAUCGUCUUGGUCAGCAGCAACAACAUAUUAUAAUAUGUCAAAUGGUGAUACAGGCUGGGGCUAUUUUUGGUAUGAUGUAUCUCAUCAAGCAAUUCGAACAGAUUUCUAUCCAAUAUGCCCAUUUUUACAAUUAUAUGAAGCAGGUGUUGAUGCAAACUAUAUUCCAUGUAGCGUUCUUUUUUAUGAAGGACAAAACUAUUAUGUUUAUCCAUCAGUUCAAACAUGUUGUAAUUAUACAUUUCCUGCUUGGCAACCUGAUUGGUUAUGUCAAAGUAAUGCGACUUUCAAUGGAACGAUCUUAAUCGACGGACAAAUGGCCGAUUUUUGGACUAUCGAAUGGUUUUCCAAUUUUACUGGUGAAGGAUCUGUACGUAACAUUCGUAAUAUGUAUACUCAAGUUGAUUCACGUAUUCCAAUACGCUUUCGAGAAGAUCUUGAUACUGGUUACCUCGAUUUUCAUGAUUAUGUGGAAGGUCCCAUUGAUCAAACCAUAUUUACAUCGAUUAUUAAUGCUUAUACUCCUUGUCACCAAGGUCACCACAGUGAAUCGACUGAUAGAACAUGCACUCGAUAUAAUUCACAAACAUUACGUCGUUCAUGGCCUUGUGAUAAUCCUACCUGUUCGUAA